AUGUCCAGUUUUGAAGAUGCUGAAACAGAAGAGACAUUAACUUGUCUCCAGAUGACUCUUUACCAUCCUGGCCAGUUGCAAAGUGGUGUAUUUCAGACGAUAAGGUUUUAUAACCGAGAGAAACUCUCCUCCAGCCAAAUGGUGAAAUUUGGUCGAAAUUCCAACAUCUGCCAUUAUACCUUUCAAGACAAACAGGUUUCUCGAGUUCAGUUUUCUUUGCAGCUGUUUAAAGAUUUCAAUAGCUCAGUUCUCUCUUUUGAAAUAAAAAAUCUGAGUAAGAAGACCAGUCUGAUUGUGGACAACAUGGAACUGGGCUACCUAAAUAAAAUGACCCUGCCAUACAAGUGCAUGGUCAGAUUUGGGGACUAUCAGAUCCUUAUGGAGAAGGAAGAUGGGGAGUCAUUGGAAGUUUUUGAGACUCAAUUUAUUUUGUCUCCAAGGUCACUAUUACAAGAAAACAUCUGGGCACAGCAUUAUCCCAUACCUGAGAAUGGCAACUAUUCAUCCUCUUCCACCCAAAGCACUUCUCCUACAGAAAUGGAUGAAAAUGAAUUAUGA